AUGUUAGAGACAACGCAACACAAACGUCGGCGUGUGACUCGCGCAUGCGACGAAUGCCGCAAGAAAAAGGUCAAGUGUGAUGGACAACAACCGUGUAUACACUGCACAGUUUACUCAUACGAGUGCACUUACAACCAGCCCAGCAAACGGGCGUCGUUGAGCCAGCAGCCGUCUUUUGGCACACCGUCCAAUUCCAACGCAGACAAUAGCGGCAGUAGCAAUAGCAACAGCAGCGAAGCUGCUGCUGCUGCUGCUGGGGCUGCCGGUGGGGCUGCCGGUGGUGCAGGUGCAACUUCGCCAUACGCCAGAACUUCACGUUCAAACUCGAACUUUGCUAGACCCUCACGAAACACACAGUUGCAGGCUCUAGCCAGACACAGGGCCCUGUUCAGCCAGCUUUUCCCACAAAUGGGCCCAAUAGAGACUUUGGACGUCAACGCUUUUGCCAAAGCGCUGCUGAAAAACAAUGGUUUCGUCAGAGCAGUCCAGGAAGUCAGCAAAGAACGCAAUUUCGGUACCCAGGACAGCCCUUACGACUUGGACUCUCCGGAAACCGUUUCCGGCAACGCAGGAAUGGCGGGCACGGCUACUCCCGAGCUCAAUUCUGAUGCCAUCGAAGGUGUCGAUGGCUCCAUACAAUCGAACGAAGGACGAGAAAUCAAAAUCAUACUGCCUCCGAAGUCUGUGGCUCUACACUUCAUUCAUAUAACGUGGGAACAAUGUUGCGUUCUGUUUCGGUUCUAUCAUCGUCCCAGUUUUAUCGCAACUUUAGACAAACUUUACGAAACCGAUCCGCACGAAUAUUCCCACGAGCAAAUGCAUUUCCUGCCCCUGUGUUAUAGCGUAAUGGCUGUGGGAGCCCUGUUCUCAAAAUCUGCUCAAAAAUCCUCGGCUGGUGGUACCUCUGAAAACAGCACCAGCUCGCCUAACCAGUUCAUGCAAGACGAAGGCUACAAAUACUUCAUAGCCGCGCGCAAUCUUAUCGACAUCACGAAUGCUCGAGAUCUUUACUCCAUACAGGCGAUUCUCAUGCUUUUCAUCUUCCUGCAAUGCUCUGCAAGACUAUCCACCUGUUACACCUACAUCGGUGCGGCGAUGCGCAACGCAUUGCGUGAAGGUAUGCAUCGUAAUCUGAAUGCAGAUACGCAAGAUUACAAUCCGAUUGAGAUCGAAAUGCGGAAACGGCUAUUUUAUACCAUUUACAAGAUGGACGUCUAUGUGAACACUAUGCUGGGUCUACCAAGAAGUGUUUCUCAAAGAGACUUCGAUCAAGCUUUGCCUGCAGAACUCGCCGACGAAAACAUAACGGAGACUGGUCUGCAUUUUGAUCAACAGGGAGACGUGUUAUCGUCUGCGGGAAUUGCUAAUCACCAUACCAAGCUCAUAAUGAUACUGGAUAAUAUCGUUGCCGAACUUUAUCCCGUAAAGAAAACGAACAACUUGAUUUCGCAUGAUGUUGUAACACAACUAGAGAUCAAGCUGCGGCAGUGGCUGGAUAAUCUGCCGCCUGAAUUGACUCCCGGAAUAAAGGAUGUUCCAGCGAAAUACGAGAGAGCAAAUCAAUUACUACACUUAUCCUUCCUGCAGGUGCAGAUUAUCUUGUACCGCCCUUUCAUUCAUUAUUUGUCUGUCAUUCUCUCAUCCAAAACCGUAGACCCACUUUCCAUUCAAAGGGCCCGGAACUGUAUAUCAGUGGCUCGCACGGUGGUAAAACUCGCCAAAAAGAUGAUGGAGAAAAAGACCUUGACAGGGUCGUACUGGUUCAGCAUAUACACCAUUUUCUUUUCAGUCGCUGGAUUGAUCUUCUAUCUUCACGAAGUGUCCCCAACCGACGAAGACGGAGAGCAGGAGUACAACGAAAUCAAAGCAGAUGCUGAGAUGGGCAAAGGCGUUUUGCUAUAUUUGAAAGAUACCAGCAUGGCUGCCGGGAGGACGUACAAUCUGCUGCAUAUGCUCUUUGAAAAGUUCAAUUCAAAAACUAUAAAAUGGAGUCAUGUAAAGCAAGACCAAUACACUGCUUCGCUUCCUCAUGAUGGACCGGUGGCAGAAACGAACGAACCCAUAAAUCUGGCGGACGGUCCAAAUCCGUACAACCUGGAAACGAGUAAUCUUGAUUUACUGGCUUUCGAGAACCCGGCAGAUAAUACAAUACAAAACAAUUCAACUCUCUCAGGGGUUAAUACCAUGAAUACGGUAAACACCUCCGGGAUGCUCAUGAACAGGGACUACGACUUGGUAGGCGACGUUAUGGAAAUGGAUAACUUUUUUGACGUAGGCGGUAGCGUCGAGUCAGAUGAUAAGUCCUUGGUUCCGCAGGCAUCAACCGGGUACUCCAAAAAAACCAACGACCCUCAUGGAGACGUUACCGCAUCGGACUCAUAUGUUCCUGGCGCCUUUGAUCAGCUGGAGGUGCAAUUAUUUGGCCGGUACUUGCCGCCUUAUAUGUCCCAGUAA